AUGCAGUCAGGAAUUGCAGUCUCCUCCGAGCUGCAUAAUGCAUUCAACGACUUCGCCUCGGACUCCUCCAUCUUCUGUCUCCCUGUAACCAUCACAGCAGAGAGCCUGACCCCCCUCUCCCCUAUCCGCUUCUCCUCCCCCGGCGCAUUCUACCCCUCCCUCUCACAACUCUCAUCUGUGCUGCAGCCGAAAACUCCCCUCUAUCUGCUCUUCCGUCGCCCCGAGACGGGCUCCUCGUCCCUCUGCGCGUUGACAUACAUUCCCUCGAAUGCCCCCGUGCGCGCCAAGACGCUCUUCGCCUCGACCCGUGCCACGCUGGUGCGAGAACUAGGCAGCGAGAAGUUUGCGACUACCAUCUUUGCAACAGAGGAGGAAGAAGUCACCAGCGAGGAUGCGUGGCGCGAGAGGGAAGCGGAGAAGAAGGGGUCUGGUGCCAAGGGAGACUUCAGACGGGAGGAUUUGAUGGGGGACAAGGAGCGUGAGCUAGAGGCUGUUCGGAGGGCAGAGGAGGAGGCUAGAAGCGGUACUCCUGGUAGGGAUAUCGGCAUUGGUGGAUCGUUCGCGAGAGGUGGAUUUGGGUCUGGUGUGCAGUCUGGGAUGCGGAUGACUGUGGACGAUGAUGUGAAGACUGCUCUUGAAGGACUACAGGAUGGUGGGCUGGUGCAACUGGCCAUUGACAUUCCGUCGGAAACGUUCAAGCUCGCUGCUGCGGAGUCUGGUAUUGACGCGAACUCAGUCCAGACGCACAUCUCGUCAUCCUCGCCUCGGUACACUUUUUACCGCUAUCCUGAAACCGAUACCGUUUUCUUCAUUUAUACCUGCCCGUCGGGCUCGUCGAUCAAGGAGCGCAUGCUUUACGCAAGCUCUCGGAUGUAUGCCCUUCGUGUAGCUGAUGAACAGGGACUGAAGAUUUCCAAGAAGAUUGAGGCAUCUUCUCCUGACGAGAUCUCAGGAGACAGAUUGCAGGAGGAGGUCCAGCCCCAACAGAAUGAUGGACUGAGACGAGGAUUCGCCAGACCAAAGCGGCCUGGAAGGACACUUGCUUCCGCAGUUGCAGUGCCUGAGCAGGACAUCCUGGCUCCAUCUCCAGAUGCCACCCUCAAGCGAAGAAAUUCAUCCACUACAGACCAGGAUCCAGAUAGCAAGCGUCGCCGACUAAGUACCCAAGAGGAGAAGGAUCAUCCAGCAUCGAAUCGCAAGCCCUCGUUUUCAGACACAGCAGAGCAGAGGCUAGACCGAAGGGCCAGUCGGCAAGCAAAUGGUCGCGAUGAGGAGCGCAAGCGCGGACAACGACUAUUCGGAGCACUACUCGGGACGCUUUCGCAGCGGUCCAAUACAGCAGCUGAGAAGCGUCGAGCAGACAUUGAACGGAAGCAACAAGAUAAAUUGAAACUUCAAGACGAAGAGUACGAUGGGUUGAAAAAGAAGAAGAGGGAGGAGCGAGCCGCACUUCGCAAGAAGGAACAGAGAUACUACGAAGAGGAAUCGAUGCGAACCCGGCACUCGAAUUUGUUGGCAAUGGCACAUUUUUUGAAGACAAAAUCAGAGCCAGUGCUGUACUACAGGCCAUGGCAAUUGCGGCCCGAGGAUGAGGACUUGAUACGCCGCCAGGUUGAGGAAGCAGAAGCUAUCAUCUCCCGAGAGCGCGCUGAAUUCGAAGCACGUCAUCCUCCUCAGGAGGGAAGAGAGUCAAAGAAGGAAAAAGAGACCCAAACUGGUAAUCAAAAGGAAGCUCCACAGCCCGACGUGGGUGUCCAAGAGCCCAAAGAUACGACCGAGGAAAGUUCAGACAAGGGGAACGCUGAGCAGAAUCAAGACCAGAAUAUUGAAGCUGCUCUACCCGAAACUGUAAACGACGUCCCGGUAUCAGUCGAUCACACCGAUUCAGAUGACCAUCGGGCAGCUGAUGACGAUGGGGGAGAGGUGGUCGAGGACAACGAGGAUACGGUGAUCUAUUAA